GGGUGCGGUUCCCGACGGCGCGCGUACGGAUGGAAGGCUCAGGUCCUCGCCUGCCUGACCCUGCUCAGGAGGCUGGGAAGACCUCUUGAAAUUCUCAUGUCUGCUAAACUCCUAAGCUGAAAAAAGGAACAUUUUACACAACUGAAACCUGUUAAGCAUCGGUUUUUAGUAAAAAAAUCAUUGAUCUGGAGCCCGGACCUACCUCUUUACUUACCUGGUUUUGCUCAAUACGUCUGAUCCACCUGGACCUUAGUUGACACAUCUAUAAAAAGGAGCUAAGGACUCUGUCUAUUUGAAGAUGAGGUGGAGGACCCUGUUACUCCAGGUUACGUCUCUGCUUGUUGCCUUGGAAGCUGUGCCUAUAGACAUAGACAAGACGAAAGUGGGAAACCCUGAGCCUGUGGAAAGUGCAAAAAUAGACCCACCAGACACAGGCCUCUAUUAUAACGAGUAUCUCAGGCAAGUGAUUGAUGUGCUGGAAACAGAUAACCAUUUCAGAGAAAAGCUCCAGAAAGCAGACAUAGAAGAAAUAAAGAGUGGGAAGCUAAGCAAAGAGCUUGACUUAGUAAGUCACCAUGUGAGGACAAAACUUGAUGAACUGAAAAGGCAAGAAAUAUCAAGGUUAAGGAUGCUGAUUAAAGCUAAAUCUGAUUCCCUUCAAGAUAUGGGUGUAGACCAUCAGGUUCUUCUAAAACAAUUUGAUCAUCUAAACCACAAGAAUCCUGAAAAGUUUGAAUCCACAGAUUUGGAUAUGCUAAUCAUAUCGGCUACAAAUGAUCUGGAGAACUAUGACAAGACCAGACAUGAAGAGUUUAAAAAAUAUGAAAUGAUGAAAGAACAUGAAAGGAGGGAGUACCUGAAAACACUGGAUGAAGAUAAGAGAAAAGCAGAAGAAUUAAAAUAUGAGGAAAUGAAGAAAAAGCAUGAAAACCACCCCAAAGUUAACCAUCCAGGAAGCAAAGAUCAACUUAAAGAGGUAUGGGAAGAGGCUGAUGGAUUGGAUCCUAAUGACUUUGACCCCAAGACAUUUUUCAUAUUACAUGAUCUCAAUAGUGAUGGCUACCUCGAUGAACAAGAAUUAGAAGCCCUGUUUACUAAAGAGUUAGAGAAAGUUUAUGAUCCCAGAAAUGAAGAAGAUGAUAUGGUUGAAAUGGAGGAAGAAAGGCUUAGGAUGAGGGAACAUGUAGUGAAUGAGGUUGAUACUAACAAAGACCGACUGGUGAGUCUAGAAGAGUUUAUAAAAGCUACAGAGAAAAAGGAAUUCGUGGAGCCAGAUAGCUGGGAGACUUUGGAUCACCAGCAGUUUUUUACAGAAGAAGAACUGCAAGAAUAUGAAACUCUUCUCUCCUUACAAGAAAAACAACUAAAGAAAAAGGCAGAGGAUCUUCAGAAACAAAAAGAAGAAUUACAGCGUCAGCAGGAUCAACUUGAAGCUCAGAAAAAGGAAUAUCAUCAGAUCAUGAAGCAGAUGAAACAGAAAAAAUCACAAGAAGCUCCUCCAUCAGGGCCAGGAGGAGAAUUAAAGUUCCAUCCACAAACAUAGAGUUUGAAGCCCACCAGAACUUGAAGAAAACAGUCAAGUGAAUAUCCACUUCAUUUCCUUACCUUGCUUCUCUUUUUCUCUGCUCAGUAAAUCUUUUAAAGCAUAUAUAAAUAAAGGAAGCUACGUUUGAAGUGAAUCACCUCCUUCUGUAUGGAUUGAAGAACGAAGCAGGAAGAAAGCACAUUUGGGACCUGCCUUCCUCUGUGUCCUUUGGUUAUUUAAGCUGCCUCACACCAGUACCUGAUGAAACCUCUCAGCACUAUUUAAGUGAGAAAGCACUGUGUAUUGCUUACAAAUAAAGAAAUCACCCUCACUUUCUCAUAA